UUCCCCUCGACAAAGAAGAUGGACUUCAAGUAUCAUGCAGACUUUGGACACAUUGAAUUCAAUAGCAGUGGAUAUAUGACCAAGGAGCUCAAGGCCAGGUUUAUAGAAUGGUUGUCCAGCUACUUUGACAGCAAGAAGCCAAAGCUACUACUCCUGGACAAUCACAUAUCCAAUUAUUUCUCCGAGGUGAUCGCUGUGGCCGAGAAGAACAACCUACACAUCAUUCCCAUCCAACCUUACUCACAUGAUCCAGCCCCUUGA